GGAACUCCACUCUGUUCGGUCAUCGUUUAAAAAUUUUAGUGCCAUAUUCGUAAGCAUUAAAUUUGCUUAUUCACUGCGGGGAAUUUCAUUUUGGAGUAGAAAAAGAAAUUUGCGAAAAUGUACACGUAUUUUACUGUUGAAGAAAAAUCUUUUGAUUUAUAUAUUUCUUUGAAAGAUCUCUAUGAACCAGGAAGCAUAGCAAAUGUGAUCGUUGAGCCCAAUUCGGAUCAUCUAGUUGCAUUGAAGAUGAACGCAAGUGAUUUAUCUUUUAUAAACGUUCAUCAAAUGGUCCCUGAUACAACGGUGAGUACUCUAGAGUACGAAAUCGACAAUAUGUCACAAGAAUGCAUCAUGAAAACGCCGGUAAGUCCGGAUGUAUCACCGAAUUCUCAUUUUCAAAGUGAAAAAUUACAUUUUAAACUCCCAAUGGUAAAUGUUGAUAAUUCUUCGAUAAGAGUGAUUAAAAUCGGAAGCUUGGAUGAAAAUGUACUAUCCGAAACUGACUCAAUGGAUUGUAAACCUACAGUUAAUUCUCAGCAUAAUCAGAAAAGGGAAUCUAAGAUACCUAAUAUUCCAACUAUGAUAGCUUGCCAGAAUUGCGACACGAAUUUCCCAACGAAAUAUCAAUAUCAAAGACACCAGUGCGAAUUUAACGCUGAAAAAGUUGUCUUAAAACCGAAUGUUGAUAUAAAAGAUAUCGAUAAAGGGAUGAGAAUGAAAUUUGAUUGUUCAACGUGUGGAAAACAGUUUGUAAGUAAAAAUAAUUUAGAACGUCAUCAGACAAGUCAUGAUGAAACAAAUAUUAAUGUAUGUGAACAUUGUAACAAACAGUUUGUUAGUGAGAAUCGUUUAAGAAUACAUAAAGAAAAUCAUUGUAAAAAAGCAGGUGAUAUUUCAAAGUUUUAUAGAAGCGAUGUUACAGUUUGGAAAUGCGAAAAUUGUUAUCAAGUUUUUGCCACACCAGCAUCAGCUAAUAAACACGUAGAAAAUUGUGCAGAAAAUUUACAUAUCAAUAAAAACGGUGUCGAUAAAACUGAUGAUGACAACGAAGAUUGCAAAGCUUUAAACGACGAAAUUAAAAAUGUAUCAACAGUAGCACCCGAUUUAUUAGAGCAAAGUGGUGGGUUUCAAGAAAAAGAUACACCAUCGAAUAAAAACGUUCAAAAAUUCUUAACCGAACAAUUAUUACAAUGUGAAUAUUGCAACCGAACUUACGCCGAUAAAAGAUGGUUAUUAGCUCACCAAAAACAACACACCACCGAUGUUAAUUACGAAUGCAUAACAUGUUGCGAAACUUUUGAUUCGUACGUUUUCGCUUCAAAGCAUUGGUUAACAAAGUGUACGGACCAAGCGAAUUUGUUCUAUCUCCCAAAAUUAACGUAUUGCGAAUAUUGCGAUCGUACAUUUAAGUCACACGAAAUUCUUUAUACCCAUAAAUAUAAAAAGAAACAUUAUACGCCAAAAGUUUACGUUUCGUUAACUAAAGAUAAGAACAAAGAAGCAAUCGUUAAAUUAAUCGAAGACGUAUUGUUUUCGAUGAACACCGAAGAAGAGGACAAAGAAAACGAUGAUGGUAAUCAAAGUAGUAGUAACAAAGAAAAUGGCGAUGACAAUAGCGAUAUUGUUAUUAAAUCGGAAAUAUGCAGCGAAUCGAGUGGAUUCAGUAAAUCGGAUGGGAACGGUGGCGAAAAUGAAAAGAAACGACGCGGCCGGAAACGGAAAUGUUCCAGGCAAAUAAGUAAAAAUAAACGUUUGAAUGCUGUUGUUGAUGAUGGGUAUAAAUAUCAAUGUGAACGUUGCGUAACCGUUUGGAAUAGUAUUGCUGAUUUGGAGAAUCAUAGAGAAUUGGAACAUCCCGCUAAGUUUAAAUGUGAAGAAUGUGGACAAGUUGUUCAUAGUGCAAAAGCUUUAUUAAUCCAUAGUAGAGCUCAUCAAAGUUUAAAACCGUACGUUUGUGAAAUUUGUAAAAGAUGUUAUUCACAAACUUCCCAUUUAUGGCAACAUAUGAGAUUUCAUCAAGGUAUAAAACCUUUUGCAUGUCCCCACGAAGGUUGCGAAGCUCGUUAUACGAUCCGACCAGAUUUAAAAGAUCACAUUAGAAAAGUCCACACCCGAGAACGUCCUUUUAAAUGUUCCGUCUGUGAUAAAUGUUUCCUAACCGGUUCCGUUUAUUAUCAGCACCGUUUAAUCCACACAAAUGAUCGUAGAUAUGGUUGUGAUAUUUGUCAAAAGCGAUUCUUCCGAGCUGACGCACUCAACAAUCAUCGUAGAAUUCACACCGAUGAACGUCCGUAUCCUUGUGAUAUUUGUGGGAGACAAUUUCGACAAAAAGGUGAUAGGAAUAAACAUGUUCGUACCCAACAUCCGUCUUAAAUUUAAAUUAAAUUUUUUUGUUAAUAAUAAAGGUAAGUUAAAAAUG